CUAUAGUGGAGGUUAGGUUAGUGACGUCAAUCGCGGGAAUGACGGCAGUUGAUCAUGGCCCAUAGCGGCCGAGAGAAUUAAAAAAGGUUCUUGGUAUGAUUCCGACUGCUAUUUCUAGCGUUGGUUGGUCGUUGGUCUUCUUGGCUUUAUCUCAUCUUGUUCUACUUCUGACGUCUUCAUCUUUGAAACUUAGCGACUUUUUGGACUUUCCUUGUUUUAUCUCGUAAGCAGGCACGAGGCUCAUAUUUUGCUAGAUACUAGAUACUCCUACUCUCACACUUACUCUGAUCACUAACUAAAUCCAAUCCAUCCGCCGUUAAUCUCCAUACCUAUCUAUCCACUCGGCCAGCAGCUAUGGGGGUAAAUCACCACGAACCUCUAGGGGCUAUGGGCCCUGUUGAGUGGGAACAGGUGCCCCAAGACGACCUUGAAGAGUUCCUAGCCGAUGUUCUUUCCGAGACGCAGACCGUAGUCGAAUCUAUUCCAGCGCCAGCCAAGAAGGACGCUUCAAGCUCUGCAGGACGAGCUCGAUCCAAGACGGAGUCGGCGGCUUCAGCUCCCGAUAUCAAACGUGCUCUGACCCUGCGACAGAAAGCUGAAGCCAUCGGCCAGGCACAAGAUCUGCAGAAGGAGUGGAAGGAGAUUAAAGUCAGCGCGAAAGAGAAUCCUCUCGGGAUCAACGUCUAUAAGCUGAGCGCCAAAGAUGGACGCGGCGCAUGGUUUGCUCGCCGGAGUGUACACGAGGGGCUGUCCUUUGACGACUGGAAGAAGGGUCUUUCUGUUGAGUUUUCGGAGACGAUGAAGGUCCAAGGUGCUCCUGGAAGUGGCAAUAUCCGUGGUAUCGGUGCCGACAAGCGCGUGGAGGACAAGCAGAUUGGUGAUCAUGGCCAACUGCAAGUCUUUCAACUUUCUGCCCAGUUCCCUGGUCCGACCGCCCCGCGAGACUUUGUGACUCUUCUUCUGACUUCCGAGACCUCCGUGAAACCCACCCAAGGAUCCCGGCCCCUCCGACAGUACAUGAUAGUCUCAAAACCUUGCGAGCACCCCGAGUGUCCUCCCCGCCAGGGCAUUAUCCGUGGCUACUACGAAUCAGUCGAAGUAAUUCGUGAAGUCCCAGUCGACAACUUUGCCUCUAAGAGAUCCCUGUCGUCGGCCGAUCUCCUGAAUCGAGACGAGGGGAGGAUAGCAAGCCCAAAACCUGGCAGCGAGGGCCACGGUUCAAUGCCACUCGACGAACCUGCCACGGCUGUCGAAUGGCUCAUGGUGACUCGUAGUGACCCUGGCGGCAGCGUCCCGCGCUUUCUUAUCGAGAAGGGGACACCACCAGGCAUCGUGGGUGAUGCUGGCAAGUUCCUUAAGUGGGUGACGUCGAAGGCUAUGCAUGGAUUUGCUGAGCCGGAAGAGACUGGCGAAGCAAAUAAGACUACUGACGUCACUGAAGAAUCUAUAACGAACGAUGCAAAGUCCACGGCUCCGCCGAACCCUACUGCUAAUCUUGAAAACACCAAGGCUGAAACUGCCAUGUCUCCAAACCAAGACGACCCUUUCCCGGGCAGUAAUGGGCUGUAUGGUGUCAUAGCUGGUGCUAUAGGGGCUGCCAGUUCCUAUAUUCCUACAAGCCUGCUCAAGACCUGGGGAACUGGUUCUGAUUUCGUGUCCACUGAUGGGAGUGUGUCCGACACUCACGCGAUUGCUGAGGAGCAACAUGAUGACGAUAGCGACACCUCCUCCAUCAGAAGCUUUGCGUCAGCCCUUGAGAAGAGUGUGACUGCCGAGAACAAAUCCCCUGAUAGUCUUGUUGAGUCCCAAUCGGAGACUUCCCGCUCCAACCCGCAGCAAUCACAGCAGUCACUAGCCGAUAAGGAACUCAAGAAGCUCGAACAAAAGAAGAAAAAGCUUGAUGAGAAGAUGGCUCGUCUUGAGGAGCGGCGACAGAGCAAGCUUCUUGGGGACAAGGAGAAGGACGCUGCUACACUGGCCAAGUUGCGUGAGAAGCAUGAAAAGGAGGUGGCUAAGCAGGAAGAGAAGUAUCGCCGCGAGAUGCGCAAGCUCGAGGAGAAACGUGAGCGGGACCAGCGUAAGGCUGAAGAGCGACGUCGCAAAGCAGCCGAGCAGGAAGAGAAGAACAACCUCUCACUUGAACUUGAGCGCAUUCGUGCAGAGCGAGAUGUUGCUCGUCGUCAGAUCGAGCUCCUUGAAGGACAGGUUGGCGAGUUGCAGGCACAGAAUACGAUGCUUGUCCGCAAGCUUGGUAAGAACGGGCUGCUGGACAGUCCAGGUUCUCCAUCACCGUCCAUUAAGAGCAUUCAAAGAGCCCACACAGAAGUUUGAGAUACCAUGUUGGAAAGUAUUGACUUAGUCAGGAGAGGAAAGGGGGGGGGAGUUGCUCAUAAAAACUACUAUUAUUCACAUACCGCACACGUGUUACGGCCGUUAUUCUACUGCGAGGCGUCAGGGGAGCUCGUUUUUCAAUAAAUCAUGAAUAGCAUUAAAUCAUUACUUUUCUCUUUUCUUGUUUUACUUGCA